CUAACCGAUACGGGUGGGCCCGGAUUUCCAACCGCCGUACAUGAACGUCGCCCAGACAUCAUCACCACCACCAACAACACACCCCCACCUCACAGAGUCCCAGACCACAAGCACGAUCAUGCCCGCAGCAGCAGUAGAACCCAUCCGCCCAAGCCAAGAAGCCGAACGGGAAUGGGGCUCGCGGAUCAUGGGCUCCUUUCUCGCGCAGUGACCUCGACGCUCCGAUCACGGUGGGGGGCCAAGGGCAACAACCAGCAACAACACCUCCCCGGAAAAGGCAACCCCGGACAGAGUGAAAGAUAGAUAGCCAGACCAGCAAGCAAUAAUUCCGAGCACACCAUCAACCAACUACCCGCCCGUCAUCCCGAGCGACAUGAAAGCAGCAGUCAUGGACGGCGGUGACGGCGACGCUGACGCUGACGUGGACGAGGAGGGGGUUCCUCCGCAGGCCUCGCAGGCGAGCUCGCACUUUGCGCUCGACCCGGUGCCCGCGACGGUGCUGGCGGCGCGGGAGGCGGCGCGCAGGAACGCGGCGCGCGCGUUGGGGCCCUGCGGCGUGGGGUGCGCCGAGGUGGAUGACGAGGCACUCCUGGGGGCGGGUGGGCUGGAGAGGGGGACCGUGGUGGGCGUGAGCUGUGAGGACGAGGAUGGGUUUGGCCUGACGCUGUGCCUCCAAGUGGUGGCCAGGGCGCUGCUCGCGCACGAGCACGACAAGGUGCUGGUGGUGACGCCUCGGCCGGCGGGCGUCUUGCUGCGUGCUCUGAGAGACGGCAUCGCCGCGGAACUGCGCGCGAGGCGGGAAGCCGCUUCGGCGGAGGAGGCGGCGGUCGCGAGAGGGGUCUCCGGGGCGGAAGACGAAGAAGGUGGUGCUGCCGACAAGGGCGGUGCCGGGCGAGGCGAGGAAGAUGCGGCGGCUGCUGCCGAGGUGCGGGCGUGUCUGGACAGGGUGAUGCUGUCGUGCGUCUUUGACGUCGAUGGGCUGUGGGAGGUGCUUGCGGAGCUGGACCGUCCGGCCGAGGGAGAGAUGACGACGACGACGACGCCGCCGCCGCCGCCUGAGUCUUUGGUUCAUGGACGGGCAGAUGAAGUGGAAGGGAAACGACAGCAGCAGGUGGUCGACACUGCGGCGGCGGCGCCGCUUUUGGAGAUCCAAGACAGCGAGGACGAGGGCCUGACGCCAUCACCGCGCUCGACACCGGGAGCACCGCAGCCUCAUGCCACUGCAGAGCCGGACGGGGAGGCGACGACCGCGACUGAGACAGCACUGGGUGAGCACAGAGGAGCCGGCGACGGUCGUGAAAACGAAGGCCCCAGCAUCGUCCUCGUCACGCACUUCUCGGCGCUCCUCACCUCGCUCUUCGCCCACCGCGAAAAGUCGGCCGCCCACUCGUCCCUGCAGCUGCUCGCCUCGCAGGCGCGCUACCUCUCGCGCAGCCUGCCCUCGCAGCCGCUCUUCAUGCUCCUCAACUCGACAUCCUCGUCGUCGUCUGCUCACGACGGCUCACGCGAGCCGGGCGCCACCGGGUCCGGUCCUGCUGCGGCCCCCGGUCCCGGUCCUGCUCCCGUUUCCGCUCCCGCCGGCGGCGGCAGCGCCAUCACGACCAACAAACCGCUCGACCCGACCCUCCGCUCCGUCUUCAACCCGCUGGCCCUCCCGCUGCCCGCCUACCGCGCCCCCCGCGCUGCCACCCGCCGCAACAAGCCGUCCUUUGGGCUCAUCUUUAGCCAGAUACUCGACACGCACCUCCUCUGUACGCGCAUGCCUCGCACGCGCGCCGACGCCGACGCCCUUUACGGCGGAAGCAGCAGCAACAGCACGGGCGACGGUAAUGCCGAAGACAACGGCUGCCGUCCCUUGCCACCCCAACGCCAGCACCAGCACCAGCAGCCGGGCGCCAUCAAGUACGUCACCGUCGUCGAGGUCCUCCUCGACGAGAUGGGCCUGUGGCAGGGCCGCGCGGGACCCCGCCCCAACAGGGAACAGCGAUGGGGAGUCGUCGACGUCGUGGGCGGGCGCGUCGUCGACGCCUUUGCCCGGACGCAGAGGGUGUACGGCGAGAUCCGCACGUCGGGCGGCUUCGGCGGCAGAAGGCCGUGACAUAAGUUGCUGGCCGUAUGCCUUACCUCGUCGUUGGCUUACUCCCCCCUCUUUCGGUUCGCAAUGGGUCUUGCGUCCUCGACUGUUGUCAGGUCAGGUCA